UGUCGUAGAAAGCAUCCACCUGCUUUGGUAACAAGUCAAGACGCGUUGUUCAUCUUUCACCAAUAGUUCCACUUUCAUUCCGUCUCGUGAAAGAUGACUACAUCCGGUAGAGCAAAUAACCAUCUCUUGAUGAGGAGAAUGUUAAAUAAUAAUACGCAAGUGAAAACGGAUCACCACGGUUUUUGGUUUUCCGAGCUGGCGUUCAUCUUCGACAACGGCAACCCUUUCACGGGUAAGCUCCACCUGCGUUACCAAGAGAGGAAACCCUUACCGGUGGGUCCCCUUGGUAUCACCAUUUUGACGGACGACCAACCGGCUAAUUUCUUCCUGAACAAAACCGAUUUCCAGAUCAAGGGUGUGUCCUUUGCACGUGCAGAGUCGGUGAGUCUCAAUUACAAAAGAUGUGGCCGGCCCGAUCAGGAUGUAACUAUUAUUUUCCCCUGUUACAAAUCGAAGAACUUUUUUUUGGACGCUUUGACUGGUAGAAUCAGUCCUAAAAAUCCGAAUGAAGAACCAUCCACAACAGACGAAGUAUUUGUUUGAAUACAUGUUUUUGUUAUGUUAAUCCUAUAUUUAUAUAAUUUUUCCUAUUAUUCUUUAUGUGCUUAGUUAAAUAAUUAAUUAUAAUAUAAUUAUAAGUUAUGAUUUGAUUCCGUUUAUAUUCAAUAAAAAGUG